AUGUUGAUUGGGGAGAUUGAUGUUAAUGGUUACGGUGCUGAUGGUGUUGAUGACAAUGAUGUUGACGGGGAGAUGUUAAUGGUUGUGAUGCUAAUGUGGCUCAUACAGCCUGACCCUUCCCCAUUAUCUAGGUGUAAAGUUACACCUCUAUUCAACUCGAUGCACUACAUGGAUAUAUGUUCCAAACUGCUUAAACCUGCUAUAGUUAGCCUGAGAAAAACGAAACACAGUGACGAUGACUAUAGUUAUAGUCAGUUCAGAGCUCUUGCAAUACUAGACGCUUGCAUCAACGUGGAUGUCACUCUAAGUGUUCAAGAGCGGGGGAUUUUAUGCCAGUGCCUUCUUCCUGAUGUGAACGAGCCAAGUGAAUUGAAUGACGUAUUAGAUUUCUUACAAGAACGACCAAUGAAUGAAGUUCUUCGGACAUUGAAGCCAUAUUUCGAAUUGGACUACUAUCUGUCACGAAGCGUUCUUGCCUGUUUAACACCACAAGAGCUAGAGCAUGUUGUUGGAGUAGAUUGGCUGUCAUUGGAAGCCUGUUGUGCCUCGCUUUUUUUCUGGACUGACAUUUUAAAACCAGGGUUUACCGCAGACUUAGGUCAGUCAGGCACCGUUCAUGAGAUGGCGCUGUACAAAUCCUUGGAUAAGGUGCGAAAUCGGCUUUUCUCAGAUAUCAAAUAUUUUUCGUCCUCUUCAUUGGAAAUGACCUACCACAUGGCUCUUGAUGGUGUGAUGAAGAGUGCGCGGAAUUUGAGCAGGUUAGAAAGUAUUGUAAACUGGUUGCACAUAUUCCUGGCUUCAACUGCAAAGUACUCAAUGAAGUACACCAAAAAGAACAAAGACGAAUUAAGCGAAACUGUGAAGUUUGUAAAAGGCAAGCAUGUCGAUGCCUUUAUCUGUCGGAAUGAUUUGAAAAUGAACUUAGGUGAGGAAUGGAACAGAGAUAUCGAAGCCGAGGUAGUCAGAGAGGUCAGAAAAGUUCACGGUUACGAACACUCACUGUUGAAAAUAUUUUGCAGCGAAUUUGGCACUUACAGCAAUAGACUUCAAACAAUAUUGACAGGAAUUGCGUGUCAGGCCACUAAGACUGGACGGUUAGCAUAUGAUAACGAUUUCCAGAAGAAGCUAGCAAAUCAAGUCCAACAAACCUUGUCAGCUCAUUUUAAACGCCAAUGGAGUGAAAACAUUGGGUAUGAGGAGGAUUCCGACAUUCACAACAAAAUAUUGCAGCAAGUGCGCGAAUGGCCUGAAAUGAUAUUGUUCUACAAAAGCCUUGGAGCUGGCGCCCUUUUGAUGGGCAAGGAUAACAAAACACACUUAUCCGAGUCUAUAGUAAAAGAAGUGUGGGAAAACUUGCUGAACGGCCAUAUUCGUAUAAGGACACUGAGGAAAACAAUAAAGGACGUUUCAAGAAUGCAUAAACAGUACAGUGAAGUGCUUUUCUUGGAUGAAGUGUGUAGGCCGUCGGGAGUAGAGAAUGAAAUGGUUCCAGAUCCAAACAUCACAUACUUCACGGCAGAUCAGCGAUUGCUAGAUGUUUUACCCCAGAUGGCAACACUUUCUACAAGAAGAUUAUUUAAAGCAUGGUGGUCUUUCAAAUGUGAUCAAGUGCGUGCCAGCAUAGAUUCUAUUGAUGGUGGAAGAGACUUAAAUGUCUUUGUCGAUCUUGCCAUGAUGUCCGCUGGCGAGGAGCCAAUUAACAUUGCAAAGGUUCAAUGUUUGCAUUCUUCUGCCACUGGCUAUGCUCCAUUGUUGUUCCAAUUGCAAGAACACUUCGGCUACUUGGAACUUAUAGAAAAGUGCAAAGAUGUUUGGAAGAACGUCGAUGAGAAUCCAAGGAUGCCGAAGCAACUGCGGGAUACAUCUCACCAACAACACUGGCUUGAAGAAAUUCGCAACAUUCAUGGAGCUGUAGAAACUACAUCGCUUAUGCAAGCCGAAGCUAUAAACAAAUAUGGCACAUACGUUUUGGAAGCCGGCAUACCACACGGUCUAUACCAUCAGAUGACAGUCGAAAACGUGCUCAAUCUUACUGUCGUGGACAAAGAUGUGAAGAAAGGCCAUGAAGUAAAGGAAUAUUCAUAUUCAGAUAUUAAAGAUCUUCAAAGCAGACUGAUGCUCGUUAUGGGGAAAACGGAAGCGGGCAACACUGAUGUUGACAAAUUUGUAGACGGACGUAAAGGCGAUGAAGACAGUUUGGACAAAAUGAUACCUGCUUUGGCGGAAUUUAUGGAGCAGUCUGAUAUUGUAAAAGCCAUGGAUUUAGCAAAGAAAGAUAUACAAACAAUGGAAAAAGUGAAAGAGCGUAAAUUAGGAAAGACAGGUGAAACAACAGAGGAAGAUGAAAUAGAUAUGCAAAGAAGAGAGGAAUUUGUGAACAAUCUUGUAAAAAAGGCACGUUUAAGUGAAGACAUUGUGAGGCGAUAUGUAGACGAACAGAAAGAUAUAACUGCAUGUUCACUUGAUGACGGAAUCUACUGGUGCUUGGAAAACCAGAAUGAGGAAGCGGAAACAACACCUGCUGCUGAAGAAAUUUCAAAAUGGUGUUCAGAAGGACAAACGUUGUCAUCCAUAUGGAAUGAAAAAAUAAAACACUAUGAUUCUUCAAGUGAACAUGGUAUAGGUGCUUUGAUUGAAACACUGCAGGACCUUUGGGGAUCUUUCCUGACCGCGAUAACCGAUUCAACAGGAACCAGCGAUUACCUUAAUCUUGUUCACCUUGGGAUCAUUCUGAAACAUUUAGAUGCACGAAACGACGUUAGAGUGAAGAGGGAGCUUCCUGCCUUCAGUAUUAACAACGAACCUAAUUUGAUUCUUUGUAAAUCUGAUGAAACCAUUACCACAGCGUUGUCCAUAUACAUGCAGAGUAAAGAGCAGCCACUGCCAUCUUCGGACGAAGUAUUGCUAUGUUCAUCUACAACAAAAAAGGAAGAGGUUGAAAUAUUCAUCAGAAGAUCGAUGUUUGGGGAAAAGGGUAAAUUGCACUGUCUUGUAAACGCAGACCUUCUUGAUUUUGAUGUCAGUGAAGCUGCUGGUCACUUCAUUGAUGAAUGCAACCAAGAAAAAAAUUAUCAAAAAGAGAACAAGUACGGGAUGGUUAUAAUCUGCUGUCGCGAAAACGAAAAUAGAUCCCCUUUAAUGUCUUCACUUGAAAAGUACAUCCGACCUGCCAUACCUGUUGAGACAGAAAAACUGUCACAGUAUCUGCUGACCAAAUUUGCUGUAAACACCGGAACGGAUCAGACGUUUGCUUCAGAUGUGGAUUUUGAAAAGUCGAAUACCAGAAUCGUUUUGUCAGAAAGAGCAGGUGUUGGAAAGAGUUUGUUUGUGAAAAGGGUUGAAGAAAAAUUACGUUUUCAUGUUGCAAGGCAAGAGCAAACUACGUUUGAGAGAGUUACAGUGCCGCUUCAGGAAAGGUCUGUGAACAUGGAAUAUGUAACUCAGAGUCUACUUAAACAUGCAACUGAACCAGAGAUUAAAACAGCCAGAUUGUUUCAUAUCGAUAUAUCACAUGAGGUACAAGAAGGAAUCGACUAUCUACUUUUCAAUCUGCUCGUCCUCAACUCCUUAAAGGACGAAUCGGGGCUAGUAUGGAAACGUUCCGUGUCUGACAUAUACCUAAUUGAGCACAUGCCUAGGAUCCCACAUCCGUUUCUGUUUUUCAACAGUGAUGGGGUUUCAUUCACUUUUCUUGGAUUCAAUGUGGACCCAUAUAGCGGAAAUCUAAUUGAUCAACAAAGAAAAAUCGUACUGGAGAAAAACAUAAUGGAUGAGAGCUUAUUUCGAGCUCUCAUUAGAAAUAAAGUAGAUCUCAAAGAAAACUUUGAUAAACUACCAAGGAGUCACAGAAUUGAAAAACUCGCAAACGUUAUGGGUGGUUAUAGGAUAAAAGAUCCCGACCCGACUUACGAGCUUACAACAGACAACGCUAAGAAAAUACUUGCAAUUUUCAUGCGUUUCAAGUGCGACAUUCCAGUCAUUGUGAUGGGAGAAACUGGUUGCGGAAAAACUCGGUUAAUCAAGUUCAUGUGCUCGUUGCAAGUUCCGGAAGAUCGACAGCUUCAAAAUACAGUUGUUAUGAAGGUUCAUGGAGGUACAACAUACGCUGAUAUCGAAAGGAAAGUAAACGAAGCGGACAAUCUAGCAAGAGAAAAUUCGAAGCACGGACUGAAUAUCUACACUGUGCUCUUUUUCGACGAGGCAAACACAACAGAGGCGAUAGGUCUAUUAAAGGAGAUUAUGUGCGACAGAACUUUACGUGGACUUCCGCUAAAUCUUUCUCCAAAUUUGAAAAUCGUAGCCGCGUGCAAUCCAUAUCGAAGGCAUUCAAAGAAACUUGUUGAGAAAUUAGAACAAGCUGGCCUUGGAUACCACGUAAACGCCGAAGAAACAACAGACACCUUUGGACAAAUUCCUUUGAGAAGGCUUGUUUAUAGAGUACAUCCGUUACCUCAAAGUCUUUGGUCGUUAGUCUGGGAUUUUGGGCAGUUGACGAAAGACGUUGAAGGAUUGUACAUUACGCAAAUGGUCAAGCGUUAUGUAAGUGAAGGAAAGCUGCCAGAAACGUAUAACCUGAUCCCUGUAUUAAGUGAAAUUUUGACGGAAUCCCAGACUUUUAUGCGCCAACAGAGGGAUGAAUGCAGCUUCGUGUCGCUUAGAGACGUUGAGAGGGCUUUGUUUGUCAUGUCAUGGUUUUUCUCAAAAGGGAGCGAGUUUUUGUUUCCAAUAAUGGACAUGCAAAAUAAGGUAAAUUACACACACAAGACACUGAACAAACGCGUUGUUUAUUUUCAGAACAUUACAGAACUCACCAGGUCUUUAAUACUUUCACUUGGUGUUUGCUAUCAUGCUCGCUUGAAGUCCAGGGAAAUGUACCGACAUGCAAUAGAAAAACAUUUUAGAGCACCAUUUGCUUUAGAAAGACAUCAUGGCGCUAGUCAAAUACUGCAUGAAAUUGAAAACUGUCAACAUGCAAUUUUGAACAACGUGAAUCUGGCAAGAAAUAUUGCGCGCAAUGCUGCGUUGAGGGAAAACGUGUUCAUGAUGGUAGUUUGCAUUGAACUCAGAAUUCCCCUCUUUCUUGUCGGAAAGCCCGGAAGUUCAAAAUCUGUUGCAAAAACAAUCGUAUCUGACACUUUGCAAGGGAAAAGUUCAUAUAGAAAUCUUUUCAAGAGUCUCAAACAGACCCGGAUGGUGUCCUUCCAAUGCAGUCCGUUAUCAUCUCCAGAAGGAAUAGUGGCAACAUUCCGACAAUGUGCACAAUUCCAAAAAGAUAGGAACUUAUCCACGUUUGUGUCCACAGUGGUACUAGAUGAGGUUGGACUAGCUGAGGACAGUCCGCGUAUGCCUCUAAAGACAUUGCACCCACUCCUUGAGGACGGCUGCCAAGGUGAUGAAAGACCCGAAAAAAACAUGAAGGUCUCUUUUGUUGGCCUCUCAAAUUGGGCUCUGGAUCCAGCCAAAAUGAAUCGUGGAAUAUUUGUGCAGCGUGAUGUCCCUGACGAACGGGAAUUAAUUGAGACGGCGAGAGGGAUAUGUGCGUCAUCAAAUGACAAGGACCUUCAACGAAUAAUGCAGCCUUUGAUAAAACCACUUGCCGAGUCAUACCUAGAAGUUUACAAUGAUGCAACACGUGUACUGCGGGAAUUCUUUGGACUGCGAGACUUCUACAGCUUGGUUAAGAUGGUAUUUGCCUUCAUCGAGCGGUCACGAAGUCAGCCAACGUGGCUUGAAUUGGAGCACUGCAUAAAACGUAAUUUUGGGGGACUGCAACAGGUGGAUUCAGUCAAACGUUUUAGAGCACGCUUAUAUCGCCAUAUACAGAUACGUAAAAAGCCCCAGAAAACAGAUCCAGACUGCAGCCAUUCGGGACUUAUAAAUGCGUGCAUUUUUGACAGGGAAAGUCGAUACCCGCUUUUGUUGGCUGACAAUUUUGGCGCCGUUUCGCUGAUGCAGCAACAUAUCUUAAGUAGCGGAAAAGGAUUGAGGCCUUGUUAUAUAUUUGGAAGCAGUUUCAAGGGCGACCAGGAAUACACACAAAUAUGCAGAAAUAUCAACAAGAUAAAAGUGUGCAUGGAAACUGGAAACACUGUAGUGUUGUUGAAUCUGGAGAACCUGUAUGUCAGUCUCUAUGACGCCUUAAAUCAGUACUAUACGUACUUUGGUGGCCAGCGAUUUAUUGACCUUGGACUCGGAACACAUCGGGUGAAAUGUCAGGUCCAUCCGUUUUUCAGACUGAUUGUAGUAGCUGAAAAGUCAACGGUCUACAAACGAUUUCCGAUUCCACUCAUCAAUCGGCUGGAAAAACACUUUCUUACAAGUGACUGCUUGCUUGAUUGCAGACAGCAAAAAUUAUCAACCAUGCUAAAGAAGUGGGCACUCAAAUACGUGUCAGGAGGCAGCGUAUGUUCGAAAAUUGAAGAUGGAUUUAUUGGCUAUAAUGAAGAUACAUGUUCAGGAAUAAUUUUGCGCAUAUCUGUUGAGAAUCAAAAUGCGACAAAUAAGGAAAUAAUUGAGAAAUCGAAACUAGUUCUUCUAUCCUCUGCAACACCUGAAUGCGUUGUCCGAAAAGAGAGCGAAGAAAAACAACUUGCUGGAUAUUAUUUUGAUAGUCAGAAGCACGACAGUCUAGUUGGAUUCCUUGUUGCCAAAAUACAAACGAAAAAAAACAGUUCUAGCCCAGACAAGUACGAUUUUCUUCACGGAGUGCAAAUGAUGCUUGCAAAACUUUUGACCGAAAAGGAACAGUCAACUGGAAUAGACAGUCUAGCAAAAGCCUGGAUGGCAAAGGAAGCUGCAGCGACUGGAAAAAUAAAUAAAGCAGGGACAUUCAGGAGCUCUUGCCAUCAGGUCCUAUGUGAAAAAGUAACACCACUGUUUGCUGGUCUGAUUGCAUAUUUGGAUACAGACAGCAACUUAGAUUUACUUGAAGCAGCGGAACCUUGGAAAAGAAAGUUGUGGAUACAAUAUGUUAACACACCAGGAGCAACGGACAUUAAGUUUGAUGACUUUUGGUCGACACAAGAAGAUGGGAACUCAAGUGAAAUCACAGCAGGGAGCUCUGGAUACGAACGACAUUCGUUCAGGGCAAAGUUCCCAUUUUCAUGCUUGAUUGUACGGUACAUUGAGGACAUGCGAACGAAAUUGCAGCACAAAAACGAGUCUUUAAGUGGAAGCGAAGAUGACAUGGCAAAGAAUGUUAUGGAUUGUAAAACUUUAGUCUUGGAACAUGGUGUGGGGAAAGCAUUACAGGACAUGCAAUUUGAUGAUGAAGACUAUGAAAGCAUAGUGUAUAGUUAUGUAGAAGACUUUUUGCACACGACGUACAAUGGACUCGAUGCUACUGAAUUUCAGAUGGUGACAGAGGUCCUCUGGGAGGAAACUUUGCACACGAUAAAAGAAACAAAGAUUCACCUGGACAUUGUUGGCGGUCUUGUUUGUGCUCACUUUGCCCUCGAAAAGGUGUCUUUUUCGUUUGCAGAUUAUAGAUCAAUUAACUCCAUAUGGCCAGAAUGCAGCUCAUCACUAAAGAACUUUCGAGCGGAAAAUCCAAAUCAUUUCCUCUCUUCAAAAGAACAUGGAAUUGUGUUUCCAGCGCUAUGUUUAAUGAUCGAUAGCUUGACACCAAAGCCAGGCGAACAAGAACACAUUGACACAUGGAAGCAAUGGUUAGAUAGGGUAAACUUAGUCCGACCGGUUAUUGAGAAAGUGCAAAGUUCUCAGAAAAGUGAUUCUGCAGAGGGCAACGCCGUUGUUAAUCAGGCAAAUGGAGAAGCCAUAACCUCCCAUUUGCAAGAGUAUUUUGAAAAAGCUUUAGAGUACCUUAAAGGUGACGGUGAUGAUAUUUCGACGACAGAUAUAACCGAACUGUGCUUACUGUUUAUACAGUGUUUUGAGGAUUCACUUAUACAAAAGGCGUUUAUGGAGGAAAAUAGAUCUGCAUACGCUGAAGAGUUGCUGAAUGGUGCUAGAAAAUUCAUCAACAAUAGCAUUCUGAAUGUGGAUAAAGUAUACAGCAUUGCGAAAGCUAGACUCGGCUUGCGUUACGUUGCUGAUCACAUGAAUGGAAUAGUACAGAAGGGUACUAGUGAAUCGCUUUUGUCUGACGCAGAGAGGAGAUUAUGUACUACAGCAAGUCGUUUGUGUGACGACCAAAAAUCGGGACAUGCAAGGCGAUUUCUUGUCAAGUACAUGUGCAGAACUUAUGGACUUGAUAGUUACAUGACGUUAUGUGAUUCAAAUGCAGACGUUUUGAAAUGGAUUAAGAUACACGAGGAGAAGAACAUAAUCUCCGUAGACCGAUUUCUCGUUUGUGGUGAGCCAUACAAAGAAGUGCGAAAAUGCCUUUUAAGCUUUCUGCACGGCGAGAGGAGUUUAGAAGACACAUGGCGUGACGUUUCGGCAGUUGAAACAGAUUCCAGUCUGCGUGACUUGUUCGUGCAAUUAUCUGUAGUUAAGGAGGUGACGUGUGUCCUCAUCGAUGAAACAGUUAAAGAACGAGUUCAGCAGCUGACCGACUUCAUUGAAGGGGAUAAAGCUUCGGAAACAAAGUGUGGUGGCGCCAUUACGGCUGCUAAGUGUACGGGGUGCGGAGCUCAAAUCGGUGGUCAGGAUUAUGUACCACAUGCUGGAAAUGUUGUGGAUGAGAUGAAAGACCAAACAAAACCGGGUCACGUCAUUGGAGCAGCAGAAAAUAGGGGACCACCUAUCCCAGAGAGAAAUCUGACUGCGACAGCCUUUUCGAUCACUAGGCUAUUUCUUCAUAUGGCUCUUUUAGGAGGAGCAGGUCGAAACAAUGAGACGAUAUGCAGUCUCAUUAAGCCUGUGAUCGACCCAACGGCUGUCGAGGACUUUCUUUGGAAGCACAUUCAGAAAGAUAUUGAGGACCUACGGCAAACUACAAGGCUAAGUUUCGAUGAUGCAGUGCUAUUGAUGCAUUCAGUGAUCAGUUCAAUGAUAGACAAAUCACAAAGCGAAUCGGGAGCUUUUGGUCCAAACAAAGCAUUACUUACUGACAAAAAGGACAGGCAGGAAUGGGAAAUAAUUUUUACCAGUGUUGUCUUGGAUGAAAACUUGACGGUUUCUGACCCAUUCCACUGCAUCAUUCACGACAUUGAUAGGACGAAGGGAACGGACGACCCGACUAAAAUUGCUGAAAUAUCGAAGACGUGGCGUUACAGAACUCCUGUUUCGAUGGAACAUCUUCAACAAGAGCUAGAAAAGAAGAGGAUUGCAGACAAAUCGUCUUUUACGGUUUUGAGCAUUUUUCUUAAAGAGGACCAUGUACUGCAAGCCGUUCGGUUUGUACCAGCCAUACUGAAAUUACAUCGAGUUCUUCUACAAAAGUAUCACAUGAGACUCGACAGAGCGGCAGCGAAACGACACAAGGUAGCUGGGCCAGAUACCGAACAACUUCUAAAAGAUUUUGCUGACGCAUGGGAGAUUACAAGGCACUACCUACAAAAGCACUUGUGUAACACAGAAGACCAAGGACAAGUUGUCGCUCAAUUGGCUUUAUGUGCUAAGCCAAUUACAGAUGACACGCCCUUGUCAUUAUUCCUUCCGGAAACAAAAGGUCAGGGACUUUGCUCCUAUGCGCUCCUCGAUUUUUUGUUACGGAGUCAAAAUGCAUUUCUAGAUGAUUGUGGAAUUGGGAAAAGGGAAAGCGUAAAACCAACUGGUUUAACAACUGCACAUUUGAUCAGCUAUGACCAUGAAAAUGAUAUUUUACCUCUGAUUCUUGCCAAUUGUCAAAGCACAUUCAAAGUCGGACAGGAAAACAAAAUUGAAUACGACUUCGAAAGCUUAGAAAGGCAGCUUGUUGAUCAGUAUCUGAUAUCGAAGUCCAAGGUCAAAUUUGAGCCAUACUUGAAGAUCGAGACGAUGAAGUAUGCCACGGAAGUAACAAGGGCGGACGUGUUCAUGGCCUUACAGGAUAAAAUACCACAAGAACACAUGCUUUCUAUCAACGAUGAAUUGCACGAUUUACCAGACCUAUGUAACUCGAUAGACCAACUGACGGUCACGAUAAGCUUCCUAAGGACAAUGGGUGGUAAUCCAGACAACUUUUUGAACGCUUUCAUGACCAAGACGCUUCAAUUGGAAAAAACUGCAUUAUGUAGCCAAAAGGCAAGACAAGUAUGCACACUCGGACAUGUACGAUCUCUGUGGCUGCUCCUUUCUCUUCGGAAGUCGAAGCUAAUGGUUGAUCGCCAUUUUCAACAUGAGGUGGUUUUUGAGCAUAUCGAUGAUAAAUAUCACCAAACUAUACCAGAGGACUUGACACAUGCGUUCCAGUCCUACGUUAGUGGACUUCCAGAGGACACGCAUGCCAAAUUUGUGUCGUAUCUACAUGAGUGUCUCUUACUACACAUUGCCACAUCAGAUGUUCGUGGGGUUGAUCCAGAGGAUUUUUAUGAUACAUCUGGACAAAGUCUCAUAGACACGUUGACAUACUACAAAGAUACUCCAGAUGUUUCAGAAGAGGUUUUGCAAAAUCUUCCGGAAGGGCUUUUGAACAUCCAUACAGUUUGCGUUUGGAUCAAAGCGUACAUUGCACACAAUCAAAAACUGUAUAUUACAAGACGACACGUGCAAAAAUUCUGA